GUACUGCUGUUUCAGACACGUGAUUGAGUCAUUUGUAUUGUGCUGUUGGACUGCAGUAGUGGUGUACCCUUACUAGUGACAGAAAUGAUAUUAAACAAAGCAGUUUGUUGUUGAGUACUAUUCCGAAAAGUGAAUACAGAAGGAAAGCAAGGAAUGCGAUUCCGGAUUGUGUAGGAUUCCGUGAUGGAAGAGGCUCCCUGGGGCACCUUCCAGGAUGAACUUGACUGGUGUAUCCAGAAGCUGGAGACGGGCUUACUGACAGGCCCCAGCCCUGAGAAAGCGCAGGACAAGAGGAGAGUGCUCAGUGUGCUGCAGUCACGGGGCUCCUCCUUUGUGCAGAAGAGGCGGGUGAUGCAGAGCGUGUUUGGGGAUUAUCGCCAGAGAAUGACUGAGGAGUACAAGACACAGGAUGGCUCAGGAGUUGUGCCCCAGGGGGUCGCUGUGCCGGUAGUGGGGGCUCUAUACCACGGAAGCAGAGAGGGCAGCAACUUCACUCCCAGUGACACCUCCUUCACCUUCAACUUCUUCCCAGAGGGUGUGCCAGCAGAGGUGGCAGCCGAAACGCCCCCCCAGGCCCCUGGCGCGGACGUGGCAUCGCUGGACCCCCACCUCCUGCAAGGGCAGAGCUCUGGGUUUGCCUUCAAUUUCCCGGUCCCUGCCAGCGAGCCGGCGGAGACGGAACAGAGCACAGCGGAGCAGGGGCCGGACCCUGGAGAGGGGAACUCAGGGAAUGCGCAGCAGAAAGACCAGGACCCUGAAGCCCCACCUUCCCAAUCCAAGAAAAAGAAGAAGGCCAGCAGGAAGAAACCGCAUGCAGAGAAGAGCAAGAGCCAGCAGAAACAGCCACCUGCAUCGCAGGAGGCAGAACCCAGAAACACAGGGGAGCUGGCGGCUCUGUCCCCAGAGCAGCAGCUGGCCAGGGAGCUGGACUGGUGUGUGGAGCAGCUGGAGCUCGGCUUGAGGACGCAGAAGUCCACUCCCAAACAAGUGGAGGAAGCCAACCGUGCACUGAAGACCCUGCGCAGCGACAAGGCCCCGCUGGUCAAGAAGAGACAGGUGAUGAGGGCCAUGCUGGGGGACUACAGAAAGAAGAUGGAGGAUGAGAAGGCCAAGCAGGUGAAGCUCAUGCAAACAGCUCUGAAGUCGGCCCGUGUCACUGCGGUCUCCGCGCCCCCUAAGAAAGCAGUGUUUCAGCGGAGAGCAGAGCCCCAGACACAGGCGGGACCCCAGGAGCCAGGCCCACAGAGCAAGGAAGACCAGAGGUUUGUCUUCACACCAGCCCAGGAGGAGUUUCACUUCAACUUCUUCUAAACUGACAGGAGUUCUGUCAGACAGUUUUGUGUAAAAAGAAAAUAUGGUAAGGAAGAGUGAAGUGCAAGAGUUUUCUCUCUUACUAGAGAAGAUGUUAAUGACUCAAAUUGGGGGGCAUUGGGUAAUCGGUGCUAGAAGUUCUAGGUAAAAGUGAAUUUUAUCAUUUCAGACUUCUUGAGAUGAAACUUUUGUAAUAACAUGACAAGGAAAGUCACCUUGUAAGGCUCUUCUAAGUAAAUAGUCUUUUUGUAUGCAUCUGUAUGGUUUAGUAAAAUAAAAAAAAAACGAUUUUA